AUGGGUGUCUGUUGUUCUAGACGUAACGGUAAAAGUGUAGAAGACGCUAAGUUUCGUUAUAUUGAUGGUAGAAGGUAUCAUAAUAUCUCUGAAUCAGAGUAUAUUGGUGCAAAUGAUGAAGAGGAGGCUAAUCGUUUAAUACAAUAUCAUGAAGUGAUAAAAAUUGUUUGGGAAGGAUUAUACCAUUCACCUAUUGAAAAUAAAUUAGAAAAUGGAGCCAAUGUUAUCGAUAUUGGAUGUGGUGCAGGCAUAUGGUUAUUGGAAAUGGCGCAAAAAUAUCCCAAUUCUCAUUUUGUAGGAAUAGAUUUCUCGCCAAUUUUUCCAACAGAAGGUCUCCCUAAAAAUUUAAAAUUCAUCAAUUGUAAUUUUCUGGAUGGAGUACCUUUCGAAGACUCUUAUUUUGAUUUUGCACAUCAAAAAUUUAUGGCCGCAGCAUUCACAAAAGUACAAUGGAAAGAAAAAGUUAUUCCUGAGUUGUUACGGAUAACCAAAUCAGGCGGAUGGAUUGAAUUUACGGAAGCUGAACUAAUUAGGUCUAAUGGAACAAAUAUGCAACGUAUUGUAAAAGGCAUGAAGAAAUUCUUCGAAGAAAAAGAUCUGGUAUGCGUAAUGAAAGGAUCCCUCUCUCAUCUACUGGAAGAUACCAAUGCUUUUUCAGAAAUUAGAAAUGAGCAAAAAACUAUUACUUUAGGUAAAAAAGGUGAUUAUAUUGGUCAAGAGACACUAAAGUUUUAUAUGCGCGCAAUAACUAGUGGACGAAUCAUUUUGUCUUCCUUUAUGGAUGUUAUGCCCGAGCAUUUUGAUGCACUCGCAGAAACGGCCUUUAUUGAAACAGAAAAUUCUGAUACAUUUGGUGACCAAUUGCGAAUUUGCUGUCAUAAACUUUAG